AUGGCGGCCAAGAGUGGUGGUAACGAUGAGUGGUCAUCGAUAAUGAAGCCAAUAUUAGCGGUAUCGCAAGGAGUGUUCGACAAAAACGAUAUUAUUGAAUUGGCAAAGAGUAUCGCUAAAAGCGAAAGCAAAUUUGUCUCCAACGAAGAACAAUAUGAAACGUUUUAUACGUCUGUGGCAGCUCUCGCGGCGGAUUACCUGGGCGGUUGUGCCAGUACCUUUUCCAAGAGCCAGAUAUCGACAGUUUGUCAAGCGUGCAGAGUUCUUCUUCAUCGACUCGUAGAAAAAUUAUCUAGACAUAGAGUUCAACCGGGUGAUGGCACAUCCGCUGUUUUAAAUACUAAGCAAUUGUUGCUUCCAAUACGUGCACUCUGUAUUGGUCAGUCCUUACUUUCAUCGACCGAAGAAACAGCUUUAACAGCCAUCAUAAAAAAUUCAAAAAUACCAUCGUACAUUAAGCCUCCUCUGUCUGAAAAUGAAAAGGAUACUUCGCAAUGUUCGAAAGAUUCCAUGCGAAUUCGAGGUGAUUUGUCCGGCAGCAUUCUGGAGCAAUUGACGAUGCCCUUGCAAGACUUUACAAUGUCCAUGCCUCUUCUUGUUGAAAAUUCCAGCGAUGGGGCAGGUAAAAGUACGAACGAUGGCAGUGUCAAUGAGAUUAGUACGGACACCAAGGCAACGUUCGUCGCAAAUAAUAUAAAUAUCCUUCGAAACAUGGGCGUAGGCGAUACGCUCUUAGACAUGUGUUUGAACCUCCCUCAUUUAUCGCGUUACACCCGAAAGUAUCAAGCGUAUUUGAACAAAAAAGGUUUUAGUCUACCAGCGAAUGCUUCAGAAGCGCACGCUAUACGGCACAGUCUACAUUCUGUAGCGGGUGACAUUAACGUCGUCCACAGUGUAAUGUCUUUGCCUUUGUUGGAACCUUUAACACCGACCAAGUUGGAAAAACUGUCUUUGUUGAGCAUGUCUUGCUUGUAUUGUUCGAUCGCAUAUGCGACUGCAUCUAGUAUCGUUGGAAUAACGAAUGCCGUUUCACCGAAAUGCAGCGCGAAUACUUCUGCUGCAGCGCAAACCAGUCAGAGCAGUUUGAAAAAUUCCGAAGAUGAAUACGAUACACUGGCGAUCACUGUUGUCGAGAAAAGUUUGGAAAUAUUUGGAAUGGUUUCGAAUGUGAUCAAAAACAGUACACGAGCAGGCGGUCACAUUUUGCAAAAUCAUUUGCUGAUCGGAGUCUGGUUACUGGUGGCUGGUUUGCAAGCUCAACUCUCGGUGAGCAGUUUCAGCGCGGCGGAUAAGGGCAAAGAAGAGAAGGGAAAAUCGCCGAGCAAAGCGCGUGAUGGAACGACACGGGUUAAUUUAAUGAAAGUUCAACAAGGUUUCGGUGUGCUCUCGGUAGCUUUGGCUUCUCAUGCACUUGCAUUAAUGAGUGCUCUUUUAGAAGAUCUGUCGGUCGAAGCGGUUAACGAUUAUACGGUUCCCCCCGAACCGGCGUCCUUAGACAUAUUAUCUACUGCCAGUGCGCUUCAAAGAGCAGUUACUUUUCUUCAAGCCGUACCACUCAAUCAUCUCUUAUUUUACUUGGCUACGAUCAGUUACAGAAAGGCCUGUACAUUGAAAAGAGUGCAAAAGCAUCCUUUCGAAGGCGAUGCUCUGAGUCAGUCCGAUUCAACGACGUAUUACGAGGAUCUGUUAAGUUGUUCGGACAAUUCUACCGACGAAGAGGAGGACAGCGAGCCUAUAUUGGGUUUAUGGUUCGAAGAAACUAUCGCUCCAUCGGAUGGAUCGCCUGCAAACGGUGCGAAAGAAUCAAGCAAUGAAACAAACGUCGAACGUACGAUGACUACUAUUGUUCCUGAUAACCGUGAACCUCAUGGCUAUAUAUCAUUGGCUACUAAGAUCUUUCAAUUCAUGAAUCAACAUUUGAUCGGUAGUAAAAGUUCGUAUGUGCGAGAAUAUGUUGUAAAUGGGUUGGUCGAGCAACAGAUGGUGAUAUUGGCCGCGAUUAUCAGAGAUUUAGAUCACGAAACUGCUAGAACGGAGACCGGUACAAUUUCGGUAUUCUAUGGCGCCACUUUAGGCGCGAUGUAUUCCGAGUUUUCUCAAGCAUUGAGUCGUUACACUCAUAACUUAUUAGCGCGAAAUACCUUGAGCGAAAGUCUGCAAAAUACCCUUCUUCAGCACCUAGGCGUCAAUCCAUGGUCUGGAACAGACAGUACAACUCCAUGUACUUGGCCUCUUCAAGUCUAUCCGAGAACGUUGAGUGUGUUAGCACAGGUUCUCCUAUUAAAACCUCAAUCGGAAAAAGAAGCUGCUUGCAUAAGUAUCUGGCAUCGUCUGGUGACAACAAUGGUGGAAAAUGUAUGCAAUCCACCCUCCACAUUCGAAGCAGAGAACGAAGACUUGAACGUGGAGCAUGCACAGUUGGUAUUGAUACUGUUUCAUUCGCUGAAUUUAAUGCAAAAAAAAUCAGUCCUACUCGUAACUGGUAGCGGUGCAGUACGUUGUAGCGAAGCGGUCAAGACUCCGAUGAAGGAUUCACAGUUACUGCACUUGUCGCGAUUGUUACUGUUGCUCGAAUACAUGAUGAAGCAUCUUUACGACGCGCCUCCAGCCUUACUUGAGCAAGUUCAAUGGAAUUUGUUCUCGGCCACGAGUUUGGUUUGCGACGCGAAAGAUGGCAAUAAACAAACUGCUCGAGUUUUUACACCAUGGACCGAAAUCGAGGACGAUUACCGUAAAUUCGGUAAUCAAGAUGAGUUCUCGAUGAAGCCUCGAUUUUACAACCUUUCUACCACGGAUUUUACUAAUCAAGAUACUCCGAAGCUAGAUGGAUUGGCUUGCAACUUCAUUCUGGGUGCACCGGAUAAGAUGAAAUAUCCGCUUUUGGUGGACGCGUUGAUAGAUAUUCUAAACGUAUUGAAUCAAACGGACAUGCAGAGAAAACCGGAAACCGAUGGCAAAGAUAAAGCUCCGUCGUUUAUGGGAUUGUGCGCGAUUCGGUACUGCUUUUCCAUAUGUUGGAGGUUAUUGUUAAUGUUACCACCGUCUACCCCGUAUAUGGAUAAAUUGGCUCUCGGUGAGGAAAUUCCCGCGGGGCCGAUGCUACUUCAUUCUCUAAUUUGGGGACCCCGAGCUGCGUACAAGACCUUCACCAGUUGGAUGAAGGACUGCUUGGUCAGGCAAGGAAUGUACACACAGUACGCGGAAAAUCUUUUGAAAACGGUAUCCUCCACUGUCAAUUCCAUCAAGUACGACGUUACGCUUGCGAAGAAUUGUAUUACCGCGUUAAGGCCGGAGACAAAUUUUGGAAAUAAAGUGAUGCCGAAAAGUGCUUUACCAAAGCUCAGUUCAUUGUGCAUUCUGGAUGCGGUUGUUGGCAAGUUGCAAGUGCUUUUCGAGGAAAGUAUAUCGAAAAAUCAAAAUGAAAAUAUUGAAAAUUCCAAGAAUCCGCAAAGCUCCGACUCUGGAAGCGGCACAAACGUCGUGCCCAAAAUGAUCAGCAGUAUUGUCCCGCGUGUUCUAUGGCUGACCGAGUCUAUCUUGACUUCGUGCCGAUCGAGCAUUCUUCAUCAAAUGCUGGAAUCCUUGGAACAAGAUGGUAAAUUUGGACCACGGGAUUAUUCGAUACUCGACGAUAUUGUUGCCAUGGCGGGUGCGAACUGGGCAACCGAAGCGUCUUUGAUCAGUUUCUUACCCAAUUCUGUAAAGUCUGUUCUCGACAAAUGGAGGUCGAUUAGUAUUUCCUAUAUUCCUUGGAACAUUCAUGCGAACGACAUCAUUCCGGCAGAAAGUUACAUUUUAUCCACAAUAAACGAUCACGUGAGCUCGCUCUCCGAAUAUUCAACGUUCUCCAUUAAUCCGUCUUUGAAGAUAUUACUGCACAGCUUGACUAGCUUCAUGGCAGAAUAUGUCACGGCUGAUACGGCGCCAGAAAAUUCGGACGUACGUUUUCAAGCUCUGGAUAUUUUGAUAGCAUUGUGUAUGGAUACUCGGACAGAUUACCUUCAGGAUAUGGCGAGUGAAACCUUAACGAAACUUCUGGGCGAUACCGAUAACGAGAUGCGACAACUACGGGAGCAUCUCUAUAUUUUACAUCAUACGUACAAUUUGAUUAUCGAAUAUACGAGUGAUGUUCAAGAUCCCGUGAACAUUGCCGUCGAUGAGAAAAUCUUAAAGCGGUGUAUAAAGUAUUGGGAACAAUUAUUGGAAAAGCCGGUCGGAUGUAAGGCCUUGGAUUUGUUUUUUGCACCGAACACGAACAAAUCUCUCGUUUCAGUUUUACUGUGUGUAACAUCCCCGCAAACGUCACGACAAUUUGCUACUCACGUUUUACGCUUUUUCAACGUGCUAUUCAAGAUGGCCGAAAAAGGAAGCGAUGGAUCGUUGGAACGUCUCUGUGGAUCCGUGUCGAACCUAGCAUAUGUGGAACCUGAAAAAUUGCUAACAUGGUUAAAACAGGUUAUAUUGGGAGGAACGAGCGUUUCUCCGAGCACAUCUUCGACCAACAUUCAAACACCAACGGUAGUGACAUCAAAUGCGUUGGUUCUUGUUCCUGGUACGAGCGAAGAUACACAAAAAUCGGAGGAAGUAAACAAUAUACCGAACAAUGAACAAGUUCAAUGGGCAGUUUUGUUGUCAGAUGGUUCUGCAAGUAAUAAUCAGUCAGCGAGUAUCACUGACGAACAGCAACAGCAGCAGCAGCAGCAACAACAACAACAACAACAACAACAACAGCGCCAGCAACAGCAUUCUAUGCAUGAAAAUAGUCGGCUGUUGCGAGCGCUUACAAACUAUAUAGUGAAAGAAAAGAGCGGCGUAGACGAAGGCGUACCACUUACAAUUCUACAAGCUCUCAUACCACUGGCUUAUCAAAUUCUAUCUUCCGCGAUCGAAGGAAAUGGUUUUUCGGAAUUGAUGAGUGUCAUGUCCAUGUUGGCUGAUGCGGGUUCCGAAAAAGGACAUUCUUUGUUAUUUGAAGCUGCGAUUGAAUGCAUGGAAGUGUGCAAGGAACAACUAAUGAACAAAGAUCGUCAGACAUUGUUGGAUAAACCUUUGGCGUUCGUUGAAGCUGGAUGCUGUAUAUUGAAUUACAUAGCGGAUGUAGUAAACGCUGUUUGUCCUCGGUCCAUAUAUUCCCAAGAUCGGGCGAGUAGUCCUCCUUGGGAAGGAAAUACACCAAUCAACGACCUUAACGAUAGCGACUGGAUGGACGACAUUCCGCACGAGGAUGAAGAUAGCGCUGCUGAAGAUUCCGACGAGGACAGUCUUUGCAAUAAACUUUGCACCUUCACUAUCACUCAAAAGGAAUUUAUGAAUCAACAUUGGUAUCAUUGUCACACUUGCAACAUGGUAGACGGAGUCGGUGUUUGCACCGUGUGCGCUCGUGUUUGUCACCGUGGGCACGAUGUCACGUACGCCAAGUUUGGAAACUUUUUCUGCGACUGCGGUGCGAAGGAUGAUGGAACCUGUCAAGCUUUGACUAAACGAAGCCCUCAGGCAUCGGAACACCAGAGCAACGGUGCCGUUGGUGUUGGCAACAACACAGCCUCAUCCUCGGUCGGUUGUUCGAGCGGUGUCGUUGCUGCUACAAGUUACAAUAACACGCUCGGAACUACUCUUGAGAACCGAGAUCUUUUUCCGAGCAACUUACGUAGACGUACAUCUAGCCCCCCGUUGUACUUGUACGACAAACAGGAACGUCAAAGUCGUGAAAAACAAAGAAACUCCUAUUUGUCGAAGCAGCUAGAAGCAUCGAAGGAUUGGAUACACGGACAUGUAUGGAAAAGCGGGCUCGUGUCGUCGUUGGUAGAUUUAACGCGAGCGCUUGUACCAACUGUGGAUGCAUUUUGUCAGAAAAAUUCAGCGGUCGGUUGUUACGCACGAGCUCAAAUGGCGCUCAAGCAGUUGCAUACUGUCGAUAAGAAAUUUGAAUACAUCGAUCAGUUGAUGCUUCCCACUUUGGGUUCGCAAGAGGGCGCGUUCGAAAACGUUCGAAUGAAUUAUUCCGGUGACCAAGGACAAACUAUUAGACAGCUGCUAUCCGCGCAUAUAAUACGUCGCGUUGCCAUGUGCUGUUUGUCGUCUCCACACGGCAAAAGGCAACAUCUUGCUGUUUCGCACGAGAAAGGCAAGAUAACGGUACUGCAACUGAGCGCAUUAUUGAAACAAGCCGAUUCGUCGAAGAGGAAGCUGACUUUAACGAGACUCGCAUCUGCACCUGUACCCUUUACCGUUCUAUCGGUGACUGGAAAUCAGUGGAACGAGGAUUUCUUGGCGGUCUGUGGAUUCAGGGAUUGUCACGUGUUAACCUUCAACACUUCUGGAACAGUGUCGGAUCAUUUAGUUUUGCAUCCUCAGCUGGAGACCAGUAAUUUCAUUAUAAAAGCAAUCUGGUUGCCCGGAUCUCAAACUCAGUUGGCAUUGGUCACGGCGGACUUUGUGAAGAUCUAUGAUCUUGGAAGGGACGCGCUUUGUCCUCAGUAUUAUUUCCUUGUACCAACCGGAAAGAUCAGAGACUGUACGUUCAUGCACGCGGAAGAUGGCGUCUUUUACCUGUUGAUAAUGUCUUCGGCUGGUUACAUUUACGGUCAAGCAAUGGAUGAGGAAAGUUCUGCGAAACACGGCCCUUUCUAUGUUACCAAUACUCUGGACGUAUACCAUCCGGACAUAAAGGAUAACGGGCAGGUUGGCGGUGGCGGUGUAUCGAUAUAUUAUUCGCAUGCUCUGCAGUUGCUGUUUUUCAGUUACGCCUGCGGAAAAAGUUUCAUAGCACCUCUGAAAUAUAUGAACACUGACUUGACGAUUGUAUUUCAAAUUAACCUUGCUGGCAACAAGAGUACAAAUGGAAACAAAUCGAAUAAUAAUCAACCGCAACCGUUGUGUCAGUGGAGCGAAGUACCGAAUCAUCCUGGAUUGAUUUGUUCGGUUCUACAAACUAGCAAUAAUCCGGUGAUAUUGAUGAUCAAACCAGACACGAUAAUGAUACAAGAGAUCAAAGUUAUUCCCGCCAAGGCUAAGAUAAUGGAUAUGGUUGCAAUAAGGCAUCCCACAUCGAACGCUGAACAGCGAACAACAUUGAUUCUAUUAUGCGAGGACGGUAGUCUGAGGAUUUAUAUGGCUGGAAUGGAACAAACCGGAUAUUGGAUGUCCCCGACCGUACAACCAACAAGCACAAUCAGCACCGUUAAAUCGACAAGAAAGAAGAAAACUACGAAAACGGUCAAACCUUCGGGUUCCGUUACCUUCCCCAUUGAUUUCUUCGAACAUUGUCAAGUGAUAAACGACGUUGAAUUUGGUGGCAAUGAUUUGCUACAAAUUUAUAACGUAGCACAAAUAAAGCAUAGACUGAAUACCACCGGAAUGUAUGUUGUAUCGAUGAAAACGGUGGGAUUUAUCGUUGAAGUUACCAAUAAUGACUCGGUUCUUGUUAUGACGGGAAUCAGGGUGCUUCUUGGAACUCAGGACGUUCAAAGAGCGCCGCUUUAUAUCGAGGUAUUUGGUAGAAUUAUUUAUACAACUGUAACGAAAAGUCGUUGGUUCGAUAUUCCUUUUACACGAGAGGAAAGUCUUCAAGCUGACAAAAAAUUGACCAUCGCUUUUGGAUCGUCACAAGAUCCCGAAGGUGUCACCAUGGUAGAUUCCAUCAAGAUAUACGGUAAAACGAAAGACGCUUUCGGGUGGCCCGAAGAAAUUGAGGAUACGCCGACUGGUGGUCAGUCAACGGCUGCUCCGGUGGCCACGAUAAACAGUGACACGGAUAAUUCUGUUGCUGUACCAACUCCACUGUCCUCUGUCGAUAGCUCCACGAAGGACAAUUCCUUUAAUAUCGAAAGGUUGGUCGCGGGAAUUCUGGAAGUUCUAGAACUGUCGUUCAAUAUAUCAUCGAACGAUGAAAACAGACUACCUUUAAAAACUACAGCCAUCGAAGUUGCCUCUCGAUUAUUGAUACUGCCUACUCCACCACCUGUGCAGAUGCAUACGACAGCGCUCUUGGCGUCUCUGCAUGCAUCGAAGCAAGCGUAUCAUUUGCACAAGGAUCACGUACUAUUAUCGCAUGUACUGGAUUCAUUGAAAUCUAUGAGAAAGCUCAGCGAUGCACGUGACAUAGAUGCGAAAAACUUUUACAGACUUGUACUUAUUGUUCGAAGCAUUUCCGUUUCCAGACCACAAAACCUUGCUAAAUUUACCGACCAAUACACAAACAAACCAAUCGAUGAAAUGGAUGUACCAAUUUUCGAAAAAGAUCGAGCAAGUAUCAAUCAGUCGAAUAGAAACGUGGAUGGAAGUCAGCAGCAUCUGGUUGUUCAACUUAUGGACAUAUUAUGGUCCUUACAUAUGGCUUAUCCAAAAAACAUGGCUUUAGCGCCCGUAGUUGUCCCAGGACUGACUCACGCCGAAGGAACGGUACAUGCGAUUGUUGAAAUAAUCCACGCAUUUGCAACAUGCGAUGUUGAGAAAAAUGUUCCCUUGGCCGCGAAAUUGUAUCUUCAACUGUUACUUUCGUCGGAUACGGCCAUCAGUUUUAGCGCCAAACAGGCGAUAAUUCGUGUUCUCAGACCGAGAUACAAGAGACGAAAAGUUUAUAUACCAAGUCCUCCCAAUUGUAGCACACCAGGAGCGAUUAUGGACUCGGAGGAAAAGCCAGUAUCGUCAACCGCGCAAUCGCAUCGGGAAUCUACAACAGGAACGUCAAGUUCAUCGGCAGCUGACCGGGAGACGGAACAACAAUUGGGCGGUGAUGUUGAACCGAUUGUAUCGGCAGUUGAUUCGUUAGCUGUAAUGCUCGCGACGAAUAGUAAUCAAGGUUCCAGCGUCCCAACAAGCGUUGCUAUGUCGUCCGUCGCUACGACCAGCAGUUCUAUCGGUGGUGGAAGCUCCGCUACUGGCAGCCGAGGACCAACUGCUAGGGGAGCGGUAAACUCUUUGGAGAUGUUGCUCGGCGCAGGAAAUUUCCCACAAGUUCUGGACGUACCACCGGAUACCGACGACGAGGCUAUGAUGGAACUUGCGAUUGCGCUUAGUUUACAAGAUCAAGAAGGAAGUGGUACAGAUUUGCAAGCGUUUCGACAGGGAUUCCAACAAAGUUUGUCGAGCUUACAGGGUUUGGAAAGCCUUCAAACCAUAAGCGGACCUGCAUUGCAGAGUCUACAAGCUUUAGCGGCUCAAGGAUUGGUUCAAGUUCAAAGUACAAGUCAGGGUCAGGAAGGCGGAGGGCAUUAUUCGGAUACGACUGCCUCUGCUGGAGGAUCGGACGACGAGGGAUCAACAGCUGCUACCGACGGUAGUACCCUGCGAACGUCUCCAGCGGAACAAGGUGGUAGUGGUGGUAGCAAGGGCAGCGAGAGCGGUGGAAGCGAGAGCGGAGGAAGUGCCGUAGACAGCAUGACGGGGGAGCAUAAUGUAUCGGGAAGGAGCUCCGCGUAUGGAGACAAUGUUGCCGAUUCCGUACCUCUGAUCGGACGAAUUGGAGUCAAUCAAGCGCCACGUUCCGAAACUAAUACCGUGGGUCUUCACGCGACUUUCACCGUGGCCGAACAGGAAGAAGGCACGGAACAAGAACACACUACCGAGCAAGAAAAUGAUACGAGUUGCGAGAUGACAACAAAAUUGUAUACCGUUCGAUUGAUGCUGCUCGACAAGCUUGUACAAUUCGUACCGCAUUUGACGAACGUACCCGGUGUCUUGGCCAUUCCAUUUAUGCAGGUUCUGCUAUUAUUAACACCCCACCUGGAUGGUCAGGAAGAGAAAGAUAAAGCUUGCGUCGAACGGUUACUUCGAAUAUUGGUAAAAGAGCUAGAACUAGAUAAACCAGAUACGCAAAACAUAUGUCAGCGUACCAACAAACGAGAAGUUCAUUUGGUUAUUAUGCGUUUUCUAAGCAUUGUAAUGUCCCGUUGGAAAUAUACUGCAAAGACACAAGCAGAAAAUUCGAAUUCCGUUCCUCAAAUGGCUGCGGCAAUACUCAGUACAGGAGGAAUAAUUGACUACUGUUUGACACUGUUAAAAGCGUUGUUGGAAUAUUGGAAAACUACAUCGACCGAAGAAACUGGCACUAUUCUCGGUGGUCAGUUACUCAAAGAGCAUUUGACAACUUCGCCGCCAAACAUGUCGCCGUUCUUUUUUCGGCAUUACGUCAAAGGCCAUGCCGGUGACGUGUUCGAACCAUAUCCACAGUUAUUGACUGAAAUGGUACUACGAUUGCCUUAUCAAGUUCACAAACAUGCUGAAAAUACAGCGGCACAGCCAGCCUUCGAACAACCCUGGUACUUUUAUCUUUGCGAGUACAUGAUGUCGUAUCAGACACCGUGCGUCAGACGACAAGUACGCAAGUUGCUUCUUUUCAUUUGCGGCAAUAAAGAGAAAUACAGACAGUUGCGCGAUUUGCACGCUUUGAUCUCGCAUGCUCAGUCGGUACAACAGUGCUGCGCCGCUGGUGGAUUCGAGCCCCUCCAAACGCUUGAUCGAACACCUGAAAUGCUGUGUCGAAAUUGUUUGGACGAAGGUGUUAGUCCUACGGUGUUGCAACUUCUACAAUGCGCUAUAUGUUCAAGCAAUAAGUCUAAGGAGCCCAAGGAAACCAAGGCGAAAGACUCGAAACCAGGAACUACUACGGGGAACUCUACGAAGGAAAGACGAGAACGCGAGAAAUCCGAAGACUCGGACACGGAAGCUAAAUUCGAAGAAGCUCAGUGUCUAGCUCUGGUUGAACAAAUUCAAAAACAAGUGCCGCCAAGUUUGUUGACGAAAUUCAUUCAAGCAUUUUUACUCGAGACCAACAAUACCAAUGUCCGCUGGCAGGCGCAUUCUUUGAUAUUGGCUAUAUACAAGAAUUGCGGUCCGGCCGAUCAAGAGAUUCUGUUGGACCUCCUGUGGCGAUUAUGGCCCCUUUUGCCUGCUUACGGUCGAAAAGCGGCACAGUUUGUCGAUUUACUUGGUUACUUUUCCUUGAAAACCCCUCACGCGAGCAAAAAGAUGCACUUUUACAUGGAACAGGCGGUCGCGGUAUUACGCGCGCAAAAUCAAUUGCUCGCUCGACAUCCGAACGCUAACCUGUACGCGAAUCUUGCCCAAUUUGUCGAAUUGGACGGCUACUACUUGGAGAGUGAGCCCUGUCUGGUCUGCAACAAUCCCGAAGUUUCCAUGUCGACGAUCAAGCUUUCGUCGAUCAAAGUCGAUUCAAAGUUCACCACGACCACGCAAAUCGUAAAAUUGGUCGGAAGUCAAACAAUCAGUCGAAUCACGCUUCGCAUAGGUGAUCUAAAGAGAACAAAAAUGGUGCGCACAAUCAAUAUAUAUUACAACAACCGAUCGGUUCAAGCGGUAGUGGAAUUGAAGAAUAAGCCCGCCAUGUGGCACAAGGCGAAAAAAAUUACGCUGACGCAAGGACAAACGGAGAUAAAAAUGGAGUUCCCGCUACCGAUUGUAGCUUGCAAUCUAAUGAUCGAGUACGCGGAUUUUUACGAGAAUAUUCAGGCUUCGUCCGAGACUCUACAAUGUCCACGGUGUUCGGCAAACGUCCCCGCAAAUCCUGGCGUUUGCGCGAAUUGCGGCGAAAACGUAUUUCAGUGUCACAAGUGUCGGGCGAUCAAUUACGACGAGAAGGAUCCUUUUCUCUGUCACGCGUGCGGCUUCUGUAAAUACGCAAAGUUCGAUUACACGCUCACCGCGAGACCUUGUUGCGCUGUCGAUCCUAUUGAAAACGACGACGAUCGGAAAAAAACAGUGGUAACGAUCAACGCGUUGCUCGAGAAGGCCGACAGAGUGUAUAAAAGUUUGAUUUCCAACAAACCAACGUUAGAGAUGUUAUUAAUUAAAAUAUCCGAACACCGUACGGAUCGCGGCUUGGACGAGGGUACCGCCGCCGGUAGUACAAUUCAAACGGCCAGCAGCGGAAGUACGCAAGUGAACAGAGCCAUACAAUUGCUCGCCCAAAAGUACUGCGGCGAGUGUAAAACUUCGUUCGAGGAACUUAGCAAAAUUAUACAAAGAGUUUUGGCGUGCCGCCGGGAACUCGUGGCUUACGAUCGUCAACAACGAGGUCAACAAACUGUUCCCUCCGGUUCUGCGAACACCAUUGCCGCCGAUGUAUCGUCCGUAUCAUCUGCAUCAUCUGCCAACAACAGAGAAGAAUCCUCGAUGGCGGGUACCGCGCCUCAGUCAACAACUCAAGUUGCAUCUUGUACGGUUGUCGCCUCGCAAACGGUAGGUCGAUGUUACGGAUGCGCAACCGCGGCCACGGAACACUGCUUGACUCUGCUGCGUGCUCUCGCCACCAAUCAAGCCGCCAAAGAUGUUCUUUGCAAACAAGGAUUAAUCCAAGAACUCGUCGAGCACAAUUUACGGAAAGGUACGGUACAAAUGCAGGAGGAGGUCCGUCAGUUGCUUUGUCUGGUCACCAGAGACAAUCCGCAGUCCACCAAAGAGCUUUGCUCUCUGCUAACUGGACGGAUCACCUUGACCCUUCGUGGUCGAGUUCCUACUUCGGAUCUGUCGGUGGCGGUCCGACACGAAAUGGCGCUGUUGGCCGCUCUAGUUCAGAAAGAGGAUACCUGUUGGGAACAGAAACUACGGUGCGUCAUGCAAUUGUUCUUGAUGGCUUGCAAGGAAUCGAAAAGUCCUGUCGUGAUGGAGAGUGUUAUACUGCCAUGCUUAAAAAUACUUCAAGGCCUGGUAAAACCGGAAGAACCGAUUUCGAAGAAGAAUAAAGAUAAGGCUAUCGAGUCAUUGGCGACCGUGCAACCGCCGGAAGGUAUUAGCAUCGAUGUCAACAAAUGGUUGAACGGUGAUCCGAAGCAUUCGUAUUCCGAAUGGAUUCAUCGUAUGCCGAGCAGGAAGUCCGGUCCACCUGCUGCGAAACCAUUGAACAAAGACGAGACUCGUGUACUUUAUCUGAUGGAGAAGUAUGGGCACAGAUGGCGUAAUCGGUGUGCGAGGCAACAAGGCGUUCAACCGUUGAAACUGGCCGAUGGUGCUUGGUUGAAGGAGGUUCUGUUCAAUCCGAGUUCGCGACUCGCGCGUCAAGUCGCAUGCAACAUGAUUGAGAGUCUUUGCCAAGGAACGGAACGAAAGAAAGAAGUGCUUGUCUUGCUCACGUGUUAUUUGGAGGAGUUGCGAACGGCCGGUGAAAGUAGCACCGAGUUUCUCACGUUGUAUCAAAGCUUGAUCAGACAACCGCCGUGGAAGCAAUUUCUCGCUGUUCGUGGUGUUAUGACCUUGCUCGCGGAUCUUCUGACGAGAGAGAUCGAAGAACUUCAUCGGCUAGAAGAGACAACCUUGACUAGCGAUUUGGCGCAAGGUUACUCCCUGAAGAUGCUGACAGAACUUAUGGCAACGUUCCUCGAGCAGGAAAACAUUAAACAACAUUACAAAGGUCGGCUGGUAGGGGCGGUUCUUAACGGUUAUCUCUCACUGCGGAGACUAGUCGUUCAACGAACACGGCUCAUCGACGAUACGGAGGAGAAAUUGCUGGAGCUUUUGGAAGAAAUGACCACCGGCACCGAAGAGGAAACUAAAGCGUUCAUGGCGAUCUGCGUCGAAACCGUGCAGAAAUACAGCAUCGAGGAUGUCCGGACGCCAGUUUUUAUUUUCGAACGGCUUUGCUCGAUCAUCUAUCCAGAGGAGAACGACGUCGGCGAAUUUUUCCUGACUCUCGAAAAGGAUUCGCAGCAAGAAGAUUUUCUUCAGGGCCGAAUGCUGGGAAAUCCGUACAGUAGUUUAGAGCCCGGAUUGGGACCGCUAAUGAGGGACGUGAAAAAUAAAAUUUGUCAAGAUUGUGAAUUGGUUGCUCUGUUGGAGGAUGACAACGGUAUGGAACUUUUGGUUAAUAACAAAAUUAUCAGUCUUGAUCUGCCUGUAAAGGAGGUGUACAAGAAGAUCUGGGUAUUGGAGGGCGGCGAGUGCGACGCGAUGCGCGUUGUCUAUCGCGUGCGAGGGCUACUCGGGGACGCCACCGAGGAAUUUGUCGAAAGUUUCAAUGCAAGCACCGAACAAGAAGUGAACAACGAAGAAGUCUAUAAAAUGGCGAACGUUCUGGCCGAUUGCGGUGGACUGAAAGUCAUGUUAAACAGAUUGGCCGCCAUACAAGACGUGAACCGAGCUCGACCACUCCUUCAAGUUCUUCUCAAGCUGUUUCGACUGUCGGUGAAGGUGAAAAAGAACCAGGAGGUACUUAGUAAGCCUGAAUUGGGAGCGGUGACGGUGUUUCUUGACGUUUUGCAACGGUGUCUUCAAACCGAAUUGGAAAAUUCACAAGCGAAAGUGACGGAGCAAUUGCUGGAUAUCAUGGAGACGAUUCUGACGCACGCGGCCUCGCAGACACUCUCGAGUUUCGAAGCUUUUUCCCGUACUUUGGGCGGCCCUGAACAUGUAAAGGCACUCCUCUCCUGCACUCAGUCCGCAGCGGUUAGACAAAGUAAUAACGUGCUGGCCCAUCUGGCGCGAGUCCUCGGUGCGCUCACUUAUGGUAAUCGAGAAAAGAUGGCUUUACUUUGUGAUUACUUUAUACCUGUGUUAAAUUUUUAUAAAUUCGAUUUCGAACAUACGCCGGAGGACGAGCAAAAGCUCGAAAUGUUCUGUAUUCUCACUCAGGCUAUUGAACGUAACGCGAUUGGAAAUACUCUGAAAGAUUAUAUAAUAAGUAUGGGAAUUGUGAAGGAUGCCUUUGAAUAUAUAACCGUGCAUGCGCCUUGCGUCAAGCCUACGCUUUUACGUACCGAUAGUGACGAAUUGAAAGAUUUUAUAUCGAAACCGGCCCUCAAAUACAUUCUACGGUUCCUAACUGGUCUGGCAACGGAUCACGAGCCGACGCAGCUCGCAGUCUCGCAAAUUACAAUCAGUAUAAUACACAGACUCGAACAAGUAUCCUCGGAUGAGCAUGUUGGUUCGUUGGCAGAGAUUCUCUUGGAGGCGUUGUGUACGAACAAACGUGUGGCAGAAUUGAUCGAAGAAGCUCGACAGCACACCCGUAGCGAGAAGAAACGCUUAGCAAUGGCGAUGCGCGAAAGACAAUUGGGCGCGUUAGGUAUGCAAACGAACGAUAAGGGCCAAGUGAUGGCCAGUGGAACGAUUCUUCAGCAGAUGGAAGAUCUGGGCGAUGAAACGGGAUUGGUCUGUGUUAUUUGUCGCGAGGGAUACAAAUUUAAGCCAAACAUGGUUUUGGGCAUUUACACGUUCACCAAACGUUGUAACGUGGAAGAAUUCGAAACGAAGCAAAGGAAAACGGUAGGCUACACAACCGUCACGCAUUUCAACGUUGUCCACGUGGACUGUCAUAUGUCAGCCGUGAGGCUAGCACGUGCUCGAGACGAAUGGGAAAGCGCAGCCCUACAAAACGCAAAUACCAAGUGUAACGGACUUCUACCGUUAUGGGGACCCCAAGUUCUGGAAUCUGCUUUCGCUAGUUGCUUAGCGAGACAUAAUACUUACUUGCAAGAAUGUACUAGUCAUCGCGACAUCUCAUACUCGUCGACUGUUCACGAUUUGAAAUUGUUAUUGCUGCGAUUCGCUCAGGAGAAAAGUUUUCACGAGGAUACGGGAGGAGGGGGACCUCAGUCAAACAUGCACGUGAUCCCUUAUUUGAUUCAUAUGGCUCUCUACGUAAUCAAUACCACACGGUCUGCAGCGCGAGAGGAUAAAACGUUAACCGGAUAUCUUGAAACACCUCCUGGUACUAGCUGGCUUGAGAGCUGUUACGAAGCCGAAGGUCCGUUUUACCAAUGCACCAUAUCUCUUCUGCUUCUGACACCAGCCCGUUGGAAAACAUAUAGAAUCGCUCACUUGAACAGAUUAAUCGUUCUCGCUCACCAGCGAUACGUUUCACCUUCGGCUGCUACCAAAAACAUUGUCGACGUUACCAUCAAAGAUUACGCAGCGUAUAAAAGUACCUUAAUAUUCUUUGGUCUAGUCGAUUCUAUUUAUGGCAAGUUCUUCAAGAAUGUCAGUGUGGUUUCCGAUGACCACUGGCCUUUGGUUUUGGCAGACUAUAUUAGGCUCAAUGACGAAGCCAUGUUGAAAGCUUCCGAACGUGUGCUCGCUAUUUAUCGCGACGAAUUACUACCCAGUACAUCGUUCGAAGAGUUUUGCGACGUUGUCGGUUUGUUGGAAGAGAUAACAAACCCUUCCACCUACAUAAAUGACAUUAUACGAAGUCUCGGUUAG